AUGACGCUGCUGCGUGUGACAAACAACAGAGCAGCAGCAGCUCCGCUAUAUGCUAGAAAGGUUGGCUUUGCUGCCAAGCGAUCAACGAGCAGAAGAUCGACAUAUGAUCAACAGCUUGACAAGCAGGUGUUUCAGUGCACCAAGGAAGUGCAGAAUAAAACAACUGAGAGACAUGUUAAGGAGAGAAGGAGCAACUACUUGAUCCGGACAAGCUGCCCAGUCCAAAUAACAGCCAAGAGGGAUACAAAUAGGAGGAAAUGGUAUCUGAAGAACGUGUGUCUAGAGCACAACCACCAGCUUCACCCAUCUGAUUGGAUGCUGAAGUUGAUGAGAUGCUAUAAGAAGAUGACACCUCAGGAGAAAUUCUUUAUACAAGUGCUGCAGAAGGCGAGGUUAGAACCAAGGAAGGUUAUGCAGAUUUUUACUGCCAUGGGGAAACCGAGGGCUGGAGAGCGCGGCACUGAUAUCGCAGACACCAUGGAACUGUUUGCUGAUAUGCAGAGGCGGAGGCCGGGAUUCCACCAUGUGGAAGAGACAGAGAACAAUGUAGUGCGCGGCCUGUUCUGGACAGACUCCUUGUGUAAGAUGAAUUAUGAUCUAUAUGGAGAUUUCGUGUCUUUUGACACGACAUUCUCUACGAAUAUAUAUGGCUUGCCAUUUGCACCAAUUAUAGGUGUCCACAACCAGGUGUCGACCGUCCUGUUUGGAGUAGGCCUUUUGAAGGAUGAGAAAAUAGGGUCAUUCAAGUGGCUCCUAAGCACGUUUGUCGAGGCAAUGGGAGGUAAAGAGCCGAAAUACAUAAUAACAGACCAGGACCAGGCGAUGAAGACUGCAAUAAAGGAAGCUCUUCCGAGAACGAGGCACAGGUUCUGCUGGUGGCAUAUUAGGAAGAACCUGAAGGAAAAUAACGCAGCUGUGUUUGCGCAGCACCCAGGGAUGUCUGAUGAUAUAUUUCGAUCGUCAAAAACUCACUAG